GUUAAUGAUUCAGUGAGCGGAGCAGGAGGACCAAAAAAAGAGUCCCGGUCCGACCAACUCGCAUCCGUCCACGUUCCCGGCGCACCUUCACUCCGCUUCGGCUUGGAUGCUGCCGGAAGGCCGCUGGGACCUCUACCUGGAUCCGUGUGUCCGCGGCGGUCCGCGACUCUCCCCGCCGGUUUGAGUACGAGGCAGCGGGGCUGGGGGAUGGAGGCUGAGUCCGGGCUGUGAGCAGACUGGCUGUAGGGGUGGAGGUGUGGGGGUCGGCGUGUGAAGCCCCAGGCCCUGCUUUGCUUUGUUAUCCUGGGCUUCGUGUUGCAGCCGUGCUCCGUGUUUUUCCAGCCGGUUUCUCCUUGGAGCUCCUCUCCUGAGAGCCGCCGAGGAGUUUGAGACCGAGGAGCGCAAACACAUGGACAAAGGGGGGUUCGAGCGCUUUUGUUUGGGCUGCAGGGUUUAAAUGUUCUUCUUUUCUCCUGCGCUCAUCUGUGCAUCGAGGACUCACUGAAGGAGGACGCAGGAAAACCAGAUUCUUUUAUUUCAGUUUUCCUCUCUUUGCCUCUUUUUGUUCCUCUCUCUCUCUCAUUGUGCUCCGUCUCUGCUCCUGCACACACCUCCAACCUUCUCCUCCAUCUGUCCUUUCAUACCGCUCUUUAUUCUACCUUUCCCUUCCUCUCCCCUCUCUCCGUCCUCCAUCAUGGCUCCAGUGUGCCGGUUCUCCUGGUUCUGCUGCCUGCUGGUUCUGCUGGUUCUCCCCGCCGUCCGGAGCUCGAUCCACCGCAGCGGUGUGGACUGCGGCCCGGGGAGGGCAGAAGACUGCCCAGAUUUGUCAGAGAAGAAGAGCGACCUGCGUGUGUGUGAUGCUGGGACAUGUCGCUUUGGAGGAACCUGCCGCGAGAACGGUGCCGAUAUCAAGUGUGUCUGCCAGUUCCACUGCCAUAAGAAGUACGUCCCCGUGUGCGGCUCAAAUGGAGACACGUACCAGAACGAGUGCUUCCUGAGGAGAGCCGCGUGCAAGAAACAAAGAGCCAUCAGCAUCGUGUCAGAUGGACCCUGUUACCACGAUGCUGGCUCAGGAUCUGGAGAUGGAGACGAUGAAGGCUCCGGGCGCGGGAAAAAGACCUCCAAAUGUGGAAACUGCAAGUUUGGAGCCGAGUGUGACGAAGACUCUGAGGAUUUGCUGUGCAUGUGUAACAUCGUGUGUAACGGCCACAACGAUAACCCGGUAUGCGGCAGCAACGGCGUCACCUACGACACCCCCUGCCACGUCCGGGAGGCGUCCUGCCUCAAGCAGCUCAAGAUCGACAUCAAGCACGUCGGACGCUGCCAUGAUAAAAACAGGAAAGACGACAGCAUCAAAACCAAACCAGAGAUCUACGCACCAUCCAAACCUGGUGAGGGGGAGGAGUUUGAAGAUAGCCCCGCCCCUUGUCCUGAUGACUACUCCCAGUUCUGUGAACACGGUCACUGUGAGAUGAGACACAACCUGCCCACCUGCAGGUGUGAGGCAGCGUAUGGUGGGCCUCAGUGUGAUCAGCUGCUGGACUUUAACAUCCUGUACGUGGUGCCCAGCGGACAGAAGCUGCACUAUGUCCUCAUCGCUGCCAUCAUCGGAGCUGUUCAGAUCGCCGUCAUCGUGGCCGUGGUCAUGUGCUUCACCAGGCGGUGCAACAAGACGAAGCGUGGGCGGAGACAGAAGCAGCAUCUCGGCCACUUCCCGUCAGGAACGUCCUCCAGGAUGAUGUAGCUGCUCCUUUUUUUUUCUUUUAAUUUUUUUUUUCUGUCUUGUUUUUAUAAAAUUCAAGAAUCCAACGUUUCGUACCACAGACUGCAUUUUUGAUAUCUCGACUUUUUGGUGCCUCUUCUUCUUCUUUUCCCCCUUUGUUUGAAACAACCUGAAGUUAUUGAGGGGCCUUAUUUUUCACAUUUCAUCCCUUUUACUUCCCGUCUGCAGAUGACUUUCAGCUUUCGGUCAGGCAGAGCGGAGACGCACAGUCGUGCUGCUGCCGUCCUCUCAGACUCUGAAACACUGUGGAAACUUUAUUUCUCUGAUUGUAUCGUCCACGCCGGGAGCUACUCUCCGUUUGACCCCGUGGGACGCACAGCAAACUCUGUUUUUCAUGGUUAUUCAAAGUGAGGACGCGUUCCUGCCAGAGCUGGAAUUUGUCAUCAGUCUUCCUCCCGUCCCACAGGUGGAGACAACAACCCACAUUCUGAUUGGCUCUGGUUUAAAAAAAAAGUUGUACAUGUUGAUCUGUGGAUGCACCCCUGCAGAAACAUGAAGAUAAUCAGCAGACUGAAGAGCAGCUUAAGGCACAGGGACCAGGAACACGGGGGGGUACAGACACUCACGGGAGACCAGAAAUCUACUUUUUACCUUCCAUUUGAUUUUAUUCAGAGGCAGGAAAAUGACACAGAACAGCUGUGAUUGAUGCCAGGUCUCCAGAUACACAUUCAGAGAUCUGUCACAUCAUUUUCAGUUAUUGUGAAUAUUUAGAGGGGUGCGGUACACCGUGCCUGAUUGCACUGUUCUGGGCUGAACCGAGGCCUGACAGAAGAUCAUCUGAUCAUCUUCAUCAUGAAACCUCAGCUUUUUAAUCUUUAUCCCCUCCACCGGGGAGCUUCUGUGAUUGGCUGGCUUUGUGUGCCAAGGAGGGGCAGCUCUGACUAUGAAACCACAUGCUCAUUGGCUAAUGACUUGUGACUGACACACUUGUAGUCAAUGAGGAUGUGGUUUCACUCCACAGAUAAUCCUCCUGUGAAACAUGGUGUGAUCAAUAUUUACAUAAUGGCCUCCAUUUCUCAUUCACUGUAACCCAAAUGAGCUCAUUGAGAGUGUUUACAGAGGUCAGAGGUCAGAAAUCCUUUUUCCCCAUAGACCCCUAAAGGCAGGAAGUCUAUUUGCAGACACGGCUGUCGCCAUCUGGUGGCCUUCAGGUAGAAUACAGGUUCACUUCAUUUUCUGAAGCUUCGUCCAUGUUUUCUGUUGUCUGAAGGAUUCUUUAAUAAUUCAAAAAUUCAGGCAAAACUAAACUUUUGGCAUCUUCAUGAAUACAUAUUGGACUGAAAUUGGAAAAAUUGUAGGACACUAAUCUGCACCCAGGGACGGAGCUCAGGUGAAGGUGUGGAGGUCUGAUUCAGCAGUUAAUUCCUAAAUACAGCCUUCAGAGUCAGAUACUUUAUUUUGCUGUCUUUACAGUUAAGAGUGCUCUGAGGAAGCGGCUGAUGUGAUGAAGGCUCUUCUGCUCACAUGUUCACAUUUCAAACUUCUCUUUACACUUAUCAGUGGGUACUGCCCCUCGGCAGGCUUCCUGAUGUUGGCAAAUUGAAAGAGAAAAACGUUUCAGGAACUGAGGGUCUGCAGUUCAUGAAUAAGGAGGAUUUUAACUGUGACUCAUGCAGAGCUACUCUGUCUAAUAAACAUACGGAGGUGGAAGUGAGCAGUGAGUCCAUGUUAAGAAUUCCCAUGAUGCACUGCUGCUCACGUUUGGCCAACUUUUCUUGUUUUUCUUUGUUUACUUUGUCACACGUGUUGUACCGCCUUAGUUGUGGAGGGGGCGCUCUGCACCAGGACUGCAGGAUUAUCAGGGACCACUGAAGCCCCCUGUGGUGCUGUAAGUCACAUCUGAGGGUUUUUUAUGCUCUGCUGCGUCUCACAGGGUCAAACGUAACAUUUCACGUAUCCUUAGAGAAACUUUAUUUGAUGCUUUUGUAUUUGUUCCAAUGAGACGCACCUGAAAACCAAAAUGCUGUUUUUUCUACUGCGUAAAAUAAUGAGGUAAAGCCGACAUGUACAGGAUGCUGUUAUAAUUAUUUUAUUGCCUAAUUUUCAGAUGACGCCAUUCAGGAAAUGGAUUCCAAUGUUUGUGUGUUUGGACGAGCUGAUGAUAAUUUAAAGGACCUCGUCGAGCUUUUUUCUUGAUUAUCAUUCGUAACCAUGGUACCAAGUGUCCGUGUGGGUCAUUUGUGUUAGAAGGAGUAGACCGAUAAGCUGGGCUCGGGUCCUUCAUGUCGCCGUGCUGAGACAAACCGGGGUGACCUCCCCCGGUCUCAGUCACGCGCCGCCUGAGGGAAUCCAGCCUGAUUUUACUGUAGACGUUGUGUAAUGCAUGAAGCAGUGAAGUUGUUGUUUAGACUGUGCUGUAGCUGAACUAGAAUUAAAUUAUGAUGUUUGAACCA